GGAAUCUCUACCUCUCGAAGGUGUAGGCGUACCACAUGAGGCGCGAGGUCAUCAUUGGGCCCAUCUUGACGUCGUUUCGUUGCUGUCUUCAUUCGCGGUGAUGAGGGAUCUUCUGCUGGCGUGUCUUGCUGCCCUGUUGGUGGGUCGGGAGAUGCUCGUUGGCUGGACCUGCCAUGCAGCAGCAUCGCUGUGCGGUGAUGUGGCCGGUGGGCGCGAUGCAUCGACAUCACUGGCACUCAUUCGGAGGCGCUCCAGAGCCAGAGGCGCCUUCAUUCGCAGCCCAAGGGCAGCAGAGGUCCGUACGCAGUGAAUGUGCGACGUCUGUUGGCACAGCAGCAUUGCGCUUUGUGUCUGUGCGGUUGUUUGUGGUCAGGUGAGUCACUCCUUUGUGCGUCGUGGGAGGAGGCAUCUAAGAGCACGUCGGCACACAGCGCACCAGGUAUGUAGUGGUGACACGAGCAAGGCACUGUUCAUGAUGGGGAUCUGCCUUGCAAGAUCAUGCGUCUGUCUCUUUGUUCCGCGUUGCCUUGCCAGGUGGUGGUUGAUUCGCUCUCGCCCACCGACGAGCAACCGUCACGGCUGCGUGCGACCGACACAGACAGCGUCGACGUCCCGCUGAAGCCGCUCUCCCCCUCACCGACCCAGCAGACCUUCCGUGCCGUCCCUCCAAAGGAGCAGACAGGCCGGCGUGAGAGGCCCACACAGACACCAGACAGCGAUGCCCCCACUGACCCUCCCGCACCACCACAGCCGUCAGCAGCAGCAGGGCAGGUUCCGCUACACCUGCUGCCGUCUGUCGAGGCGACAGAGCCCGGCAGGCCGCUGGAGAGGCGGACGUCAUCCAACUUCACUGGCGACGACCCAUGGGUGCGGAAUCCCAUGAAUGCCGUGCCGCCUCCGCUGGCAGCCCUGCAGAUGGAGUAUGAGAGGCUGCUGAGGUCGCAGUGGAACGAUAGCAUGGCGGUGGUGUCGCAAGCCGGCAACGUGACGGAUGUUCCCGAGAUGCCGAUGGCGUCUUGGUCGGCGCUGCAGCAGAUGCCCUUUCCCUUUGUCCCGGUGGUCAUGUCGCCCCUGGGCCCAGUGCCUCUCUUUCUGCCCCCUCUCCCAUCCCUCCCACCCCCCACACCACUCGCCAUGCCCCCGCCCCUCACCCCGUUCGCGCCACCAGUGCCCGGACGACAGGCGAGCCCAUUCCAGACGGCCAACGGCACGUCCAUCGCUCAGCUUGGCGAGGCGUCGAGGACGUCCAACGUGAUUGACGGGCGAGCCAUGGCCGAGCAAGUGCGCAAUGAAGUUCGAGAGGAGAUCUCAUGGCUGUUGUCCAAGCCUCGUGUGGGGGAUGGGAGGUCUGAUGAGGAGAACGAGGUGCGUCGUGCGUUUGUGCGGCCCCCGUCGCUGGCUGUGAUCCUGGUGGGCGAGAGGUGGGACAGCGAGACGUACGUGCGGAUGAAGAAGAAGGCGGCCGACGAGGUGGGCAUCGAGUGUGAGGUACAGCAGCUGCCGGCGAGCAUCAACCAGUUCCAACUCAUCGAGCGCAUCACACGCCUCAACCGCAACGCAACUGUCGAUGGCAUCAUCGUCCAGCUGCCGCUGCCCGCACACAUCGACUCGCGCCUGGCGCUCUCGGCCAUCGACUACGCCAAGGAUGUCGAUGGGCUGCACCCCAACAACGUCGGCAACCUCGCACUGCGGAACUUCGGCGGCUCGCCGUCGAUCAUGUCGCCCGACAGCUGCCUGUUCAAGCCGUGCACGCCGCUGGGCUGUGUGGAGCUGCUGAAGCGGUCCUAUGUGCCGAUCGAGGGCGCCAAGGUGGUUGUGCUGGGGCGAUCGAGCCAUGUGGGUCUGCCGGCGGCCCUGCUGCUGGCGCAGGAGAACGCCACUGUGACGAUGCUCCACUCCAAGACACUGCCGGGUGACAUACGGGCGGCAGUGCAGCUGGCCGACAUCAUUGUGGCGGCCAUGGGGAGGCCCCGGUUCAUCACGGCCGACAUGGUCAAGCCGGGCGCUGUGGUGCUCGACGUGGGCAUCAACAGUGUCCCCGACGCCAGCAAAAGGCGCGGCUAUCGGCUGGUGGGCGACGUGGACUUCGAGACAGUGCGGCAGGUGGCCGGGCUGAUCACGCCCGUGCCCGGCGGGGUGGGGCCCAUGACCGUCGCCAUGCUGAUGCGCAACACGCUCGACAGCUCCAAGAGGCGGCAGCUCAUGUCGAUGAGAGAGGGGAGGGCGGGGAUGCGAGGGGCGAGGGAGAGCAUGAGCAGCCGGAUGCAGCGUGAUGCGCUGACGGCGGCGGCUGCAUCGGCCAUCACCGCACUCCUGACAGCCUUCGUAGAGAGCGGGCUGGACUUUUCGGCCCUCAAGCUGUUCUUGUGACAGACUCAACGGACAAGCGAACAGAAGGAAGAAGGCGUUAUGUGUUUUUCGUUUUGGUCGAGGCUGAUGAUCAGUUAGUUGAUGGGACUCACGAUAUAAGCGAAUGGACGGAUGUGACGUUGGAGGUAAGGCACCCCGUUGAGUUCAACUGCAGCCCCAAGGUCACACAAUGGGGUGCGUCGUGGGAUGUUGGUCGAUUCGUCACUUGAUUCAUGUGUUGAGUGCCAUCAUCCCAGUGUCUGUAUGCAG